UGCAAGUGCUUCGGUUAACUGAGAGCUCCGCCGUAAUCUGUUGGGGUCUAAAAAAUCAUUUGUCUGUGAGAUGCGGUUCCUGGCUUACUUGUUUAUUGGACUUCAGCUAAUUGUUGGACUUCAGUGUCAAAAAUUGCCUGCCAAAGUGAAGAAAUGCCAUUAUGGCGAUGGCAAAUGCCUUGUGGAGUCGGCCAAUGCCGUGUUGCGAAACUAUCCAAAGGGCAUUCCUGAGGUCAAUCUAAAGCCCUUCAAUGUACUUCCUGUUCGGGAUUGGCUGCUGGUCAACGAUUCCCAGGUGGGCGGUGCCUGGUACUUCUUUAAACUGAUCAACCAGAUCAACUACGGCUUUGAGAACACGACCAUCACCGAGAUAAAGGGCUUUGAUCGCGAUCCCACCGCCAGCAGGAUCGAGAUCCACGGAAGGAUUCCUCGGUUGGUCUACAAGGGUAACUAUGUGGCCAAGGGUCGGAUGCUCUGGUUCAUUGAUAUUGACGCACACGGAACCUCCGAGUCGGAUUUCCUGAAUUUCCGCUUCGAUCUCUCGUUGAAAGUGCGAAUCGAGUACAGGAACAACAAGCGAUACAUGAAGAUUUAUGAGCUGGUCCCAAAUCUAAGGCUAGAUCGAUGGAUAAUGUGGAUGGAUGACUUCUUUCCGGAUAACUACGACCUGACUAUAGCGAUCAACAAUCUGUUCAAUCGAAACUGGGUGGAGUUCUGGAACGAACUGGAGCCGGGUAUCCUGCGUCUGUUUGAAACUGUAUUUUUAAGCCUCUUCGAGGACCUUUUUGAAACGGUGCCUUACGAUGAUCUGUUUCUAUCUGAUGAAGACUCUAAAUAAAGUUAAGCUUGUUAGUGAUAGUGUUUGCUUAUAAAAAACAACAAUAACAAUAAGAAAAACUCACAAAUUUAUAGUAUACGACUACAACUUAAAACUACGUAAAUGAUAUGAAAACUGGUUAUCAAUUUGUGCACAUUCCUACCAGGUUUAUUGGCCUUAGUAAACUGAUUGAGAAUAAGAGAGCGAUACUUGAUCUAAAGCGUAAAUCUAUUAGCCAAUCAACUGUUGCUGCCAACACAAUUUCAUACACACUAUGGAGAGUUAUCAAGAAAGAUUUGGGAUAAUCCUGAUGUAAAUAAACAUUUUGAAAUGUAAAAUGUAAUCAGAGCGAUUCUAAGCAAAAAGCUAAUUUGUUUCUCAAAUAUGUCAUAUAAAGAAUGAAUAUUGAUUAGAAAAUAUUCCCAAAUAGCGGUUUUAGUCUUCAAGAAUUUAAUAAAAUGAAAGGUUGACGGAGAGCAGCUAAAAUUCUCAACACAAAA